AUGCCCAAAAAGGGCACACAAUCUGCCUCAACAUACUUCGGCUAUAUGUGUUCCCUCUCCGACGAGCUCGCGGCGGCGGGCAGACCUCUCGGGGAGCCGGAACUCAUCUCGUUCAUCGUCGCCGGCCUCCAGAUGGAUUAUCAACCACUUAUCUCCGCGCUUGAUGUCUGCACCGAGCCCAUCACGGUCGAUCUCCUUUUCUGUCUGGUGGCCAAUUUUGAUCAGCGGGUCAAACUGUACCACCGCAACAGCGGAGGCGGGUUCAAGUCCUCAGCGAACUCUGCCUCCCGAGGUAGGCAGGGAGGCAGAGGUGGCUAUCGCAACCAGAAGAGCGGCUCUAGCAAUGGAUCUCGUUGUGGCCCUGGCAGCGGCGGGCAUUCUGAUGGUGGCGGUGGCCCUACUGGUGGUGGCAGCGGCUACCAAGGGAGUGGUGGUGGCGCCGGCUACCACAACAAUGGUGGUGGCAGAGGCUACAAUGGCGGCUAUCACCACAACAAUGGUGGUGGCGGCUAUCAGGGUGGUGGUGGCAGCUGCUACUAUCACUCCAACAACAACAGCAACAACAAUCAAUGA